AUGACGGACCUGGACUAUUGUGCUCUAAUGACAAUUGAAUCAUCUUUGGAAUCUGAUAUACUUGUGAAGAUAGAUGACAUCUUUGUCACACAAUCUCAAUUGUCAUGCUUGCUAGAUCCAAAAAAAUUCUUAAAUGAUGAUGUCAUCAGCGCUUAUAUAUGUUGCAUAAAGUAUCAAGCCCAUUUAGAAAGUAGGAAUGAUGUUAAAUUUUAUUUUGAGAAUCCCUUUAUUACUGUAAUUCUAAAAAGGGAUGGCAAGCUUGGUGUAGGUCAAGAUGGUAACCAUAUCACAAAGAUUGUGAGAAACUAUCUAAAGCAUGAAAUGGUUCUAAUUCCAAUAAAUAUCAAAGAAACACAUUGGUAUUUGGCUAUUAUUAACACACAGAAGUGUGAAAUACAAGUACUUGACUCGUUGUGUUGGGACUCCAACCGAGUUGAUCUUGCCGAUACGCUGCAAGGACUACAAUUUCAUUUGGACAUAAUUGGAAGGCAACAAAACUUGAUUAGCCAUAACUGGAAAGACCUCCAGAUUAUUUCAUGGACAAUCACAGAACAAGUACAAGAGCCAAUGCAGAAAGAUGGCUCAUCUUGUGGACUGUUCAUGCUCAAGUUUAUGGAAUACUGGACUGGAGAUUCACUAUCUCAUCCUAUUACACAGGAAGAUAUUAAUUGUUUUAGGUAUAAGUUAGCAGGCAUUCUAUUAUGUUGGAAAACAAACACAGCACAAACAACUCAUCAAAAUAUGUCAUUGUUGGGAAGUUCAAAUGACCAAAAAGAAACCAAGGCAACAGAUUCAUUAUUAGAGGAAACAAAAUACCAAUCAUUAAUGUCUAUUCUUUCUAAGAUCAAUGAAAAUGAGUUAGUUGGCGGCCUUUGUGACUACAUCAAAUCAAUUAAUUGUCCAGAGACCUUGGAGUAA